CAAGGACUUUCCCUUUCACACAUCGCCGCGAGACUGUCCCUUCCCUGAGACCUCCUUGCCCUCUUUCUCCAGUUGCCGAGCAGAGCUAUAUAUGGGUGUGAGUGCAGCGAGCUUUCAAUGCUCGCGGCCCCCCAGAGAAGACUGCUAGUCGAGUCUCCCUUCUUUUCUCUCUUCUUUUCUCUUCUCUCUCCUCUUUUCUCCUUCCCUUUCUCCGUUCUCUUUCCUUUUCUCCUCCUUUUUCGUCUUCGUCGUCUUCCACCUCGUCUUGCCAGUGAUCUUCGAGAAAACCUGGCCUCCGAACGCCCGCGGCUCUCUCGCCUGCGCGGGGCGCUGCUUCGAGCAGGCCUGGACGCAGGCACGAAGUCAGGAAUCUGUUCGCAUUCCUCGCAGGCCGCGGGCCGCGAAAGAGCGUAGACAUCUUUUCUGUGUUUUGAAGAAGUGACGAAAGAGACAAAUCUGCAUAGCCUGUCUGCCGCCUCCGCCUCAGGAGGCGAAGAAAGGCCCUACGCCAAGCACCAAGCGACCCCAGCGAAAACCUGAACUUCUCUGGUGUAUGGACACCGCAGCGACCGUCGGAGCCUCUCCUUUCGCGGCGUAUUCCACGUCGUUUCCGCGUCCAGACAGAAGCGUUCGGCCUGAGAAAAGUUCCAGCCGGUUGCCUGUCUGGCAACUUCGUCUGCCUACAACUGUCAUCGUUUCUGCUCUAUUGCGUCCGUCUCUGCUUCAUCUCCGCGUCGUCUCUGCUUCGUCUACCUCGGUUUCUUCUCGUUCCGGCGUUCUCCACCUAGCUUUCUCGACGCUUCUCCUCCUCGACAAAGGAGCAGCGAAUCCCGCUCUCUUUGACGAAAGACUCUGGGCGGACUCUGCGCGUUGGGGGGUCUCCCCAGAUACGCGAGGGUGGAAGGUGACUCUGCGUUUCGCACGAUCUCUGCUUCGCGAAACGCCACAGAAAUCGGGGAAGGGUGUGGAGAUGGAGCCGUUUCUUCUUCGUCUUCUCGCAACGAGCUGUGCGGAGUUUUCUUCCAGCAAAAAACGUCUGUGCCUUCCUUCACAGGGGUCGUUCUUGCCCUUUCUGUCUGCACCCUGAGGAUCCCUGUCUCUUGUCUCCGUCGGUGUCCUUCGGCGCCGCCUUCAAUUCCUCUCCUUUCGUCGCGGUCAUGCAGGUCUGGCGUCUUGGAUCUGUGUUAUUUCUUCUUCCCCGAUAUGUCUCUAUAUGUCUAUUUGUAGCUCGAGUUUUCGCUCUGGGGCUCACGAAGCGCGAGACUCUUCUUUCCUCCGACCGAUCGGCCUCAGUUCGUUCCUCCCGUUUCUGCGCCGGUAACUCUGUAUCUUCUCUGCGCCUGAUCCCUCAGUGCAGUCAUUCAUGCGCGUGAUGGGUGUCUCCCUAAGAAAAGGCCUGCGUAUCGUAUUUGUCUCUGCCGCGUCCUCUACUUUUUUCAGCUCGACUUCGCACCGGUCCUCUCUACAGUCUUCUUGUCAGUUUCGCGUUUUCCGUCCUGCUUCCUGGAUGUCAGUCUUGUUCGACUCGCAUGCGCCGGGUGUCUCUUAGAGAGGACAACGAAGCGAAGCCGAGUCGUAAGAAACAGGAGAAUGAGAUGGAGUCGCCAGUCGCUAGACAAGUCAAGAAGGGAGGGGGAAGCUGCGGACCUGAUGUGGAUAGACAGUCGGUGUCUCCGACGGGGCUCGUCGGUGAGGCGCAGCGAGCUGAGGAAGAGAUAGGCUUGGCAACUGAAGACGCAGGGUCGAGAGCGAAAAGAGAGAAACUCGACGGACAACCUGGUGAAGCGAUGCGUGACAGAAGCGAUGUCGAGACUGAGGUUGUGUUCAACAUCCUAGACACACUUUGCGAGAAAGGAAAAGUCGGACAGACUGAAGUGGCUCUGUGUAAGCAGAAGAUUUACAAGUUGUACGAGGCGCUUCGGGACUCGGUCGCAAAGGAAAAUUUGGCGUUUGCUCAAGCCGCAGGUCUCUCUCAGGACGUGGAGGAGCAGACACAAGAACUUGCUCGUCUUCUUGGCGUUUCGCGCGAACAUGACGAGGAGAUCAAGGCCCUUCAAGAGAACAUGCGAGAUGUAAAGUCGCAAAACACACGCAGGCUCCUUAGCUGCUUUAGUUAAGAACAGAGAUGCGGAUUCCUCGGAUGUACUAGACGAGUAGGUAGAUGGGGUCUCUUAGACGUAUUAGAUGAGUAGGAAGACGGGGAUUCCUCAGACGUAGUGGAUCAGUAGAAACUCGCUCUUCUGCUCUCGUUGCUUCUUCGCUCGCACCGCGCCGCGGGGACACCCAUGAAAUAAGCCAAAGCGUCUUUCCGCAAGGCCGCCGCAUGCAGGGUGUGCGAGAGACUCCCGGUUGGACGGUAUAGUUGGGCUUUCAGAUAGCUGUAGAAUGGCGUUUACCGGAGCGUCAACACUGCGAGUUUGGCGGCAGGUUUAAGCACGGAACAAGGAUAGGUGCAGAGAGGCUGCGGCUCUUGUUUCUGCGGGGAAAACCAAUUUCGAAUGAAGCUGAGCGACAACAGACACUUGGCGAAUCCUCUCUUCUGUCAGAAGAGAGAGCACAUUUCUGCCGAGAGAGAGGGAGCGCAUAAAAAAGCGGGUGGGUCUUGUUGGGAAGGCUUUUUUUUACAAGAGGCGGAGUGACGGCUAUGCUAGACUCUCACGUUUAGAGAAUCCUGGAGGUGUUAAGCAGCCCAGGGCUGAGUGCAGUCGUCAGCAAGCGAGAGAGCUGCGCGUAUCAGCAGCAGAGAACCACAAAAAUUCGCUGUCACGAAAGGUCGAGACACAGAAUUCCUGGAGCGGUCAUGCCGCCGCUUGAGGCGUACACAUGCACCUCAGGUGCUGACAAGGAUCCUGCGUGCGAGGAAACUUCAACGCUCGCUGUGUUCCGUCCUGUGCGGGGGGAUUCUCCCAUUCGAAUAGAGUUUAAAACAGGGUGUGCAGGGGAAAAUGGGGACAGCAAAGUUUCUGUAGCACGGACUGACGGCAGGUGAAACGGAAGAACGUCGAUAGCACGUAUACACAAGGGAGCGACGGUCAAACAAACAAGCGCGGGAACGCGGAUCCAAGGCGGGUCUGCUGGUUUAGGACGCCGGUACACAUAACCUGCUAGACUGUACCAUUUACUUGCGUUUCACGUCGGAAAAGUCGGCAGAAAAACCAUGCAGGUUACAAUAUAAAGUGCUGGGACGAACCAGGUGACUCGAACUGAGUUAUCAUGGCGGCGUCGCUGCGUCGAGAAAAACGACGCAGAGGGGGCCAGACCAGGCGGUCGUUCACAGGCUGGAGAAAAUCGGGUGUUUUGUAGAAGCAAAAGGAUUUCCGAGACACCUGCCGGUGCUGUCUGUGCUCGGUUAGAAAACCAUGUUGGGUGACAUGUGGGAUGUGCGUUUCUUUUAGAAAGAAGCCGAGAUCGAGAGUUCUGCUGACGCUGAGAGGCUGUUGAAACUCCAGAUCGCCGAACUCGAGAAAGAGAGAAAAAGUCUAGAAGGCAUUCUCCGCGUCCGGCGUGAGGAAAUCCGAGAAUCGUUUGGAGUUCUCAUUGAAGCUGCCACGUCGGAAAUAGAAUGUACAAAGGUCAGAUACUCGUUUCUCUAUAUCUCUCCAGACAUACAAAUAUACAUACGUAUGUAUAUGCAUGUGUAGAUGUAUGCAUGAAGAUGAGUAAAAUCAGUGAACAGACACCUGGAACAACAUUUACAGAGUGGCAUUAAUAUGCAGACAUACCUGUGAACACUCGGACCGGUUGAUGCUCCACAUUCAGGUCUGGUUGUAUCUGAGAUGUGUAGCCUUGGUACAAGAGAUGCUUAUUUUUCUCGCACUGCAUGCCGGCUCGCGGGGGCAGAAGUCACGAGCGUGUCAGAUGAGUUUGUGGCGCUUCUCAUCACUGACAACCGGUGAGGCUUCUCCACAAAGCGACUUUGUUGAGAGUAGACGGGGUUUCAGAUGCACCGGAGAGAAGAAAGAGCCUUCAGGAUUCUCAGCCUGAUUGUCUACGUUUCUUAUGCUUUUCCGCGACAGAAAGAGGUGCAGCUGCGACAGAAAACAAAGGGUAUGUGUCAGGCACUUCCCGGUCUCCUCCAGUGUCGCUUCUGCCCGCUCUACCGUCCGGCCAGACUUUCAGCUAACGCUGUCGUUUACCUCCCCCAACUUUUCCUAGGAACCGUGGUGUCUGUGUUCGUCCAAUCUGCAUUGCCCGGAACACCGGUACACAGUCAAUGUCUGCAAGUGAUGUGAUAUUACAAAGUACGUGGUUAUAUAUAUAUAUAUAUGUACAAGUAUAGCUAUUUCUGCAAAAGCAUCAUCUUAUACACGUCCUGUUAAUGCCAUAGAACUAGGACCCGGUAAGCAAAGACCCUCGAGAUUUUGUCUCUUUUUGGUGGGGGUUUGAGGUUUAUUUGAGUCCCUUGACAAAUUAAAAGAGCACACUCCACUACGUUCAAGCUCUGCUCUGGGUACGCUGUUUUGCUCUUAGUCGGCAUGUGGCUGUGAGCAAAAGGCGACAGACAAACUUGAGCCGAUGGCGAAAAGAGUUAACACGACAGCGGGCGGAA